AUGACCUCUCAAGCAUUACCAGUUUACGUCUCUGGCUAUACCAACGACAAGAGCGUGGGCAUCUACCAGUACAGCUUCAACCCCUCCACUGGCAUCUUGACUCCCAAAGGAUUAGCCGCUGAAUCAGUCAACCCUUCUUAUUUCACGUUGCAUACCAGUAAUCAACAUUUAUAUGCUACGAAUGAAGUGGGAGAAUACAAGGGCCAAAAGACAGGUUAUGUAUCCGCCUAUACGCGCAACAAAGAGACAGGCGAGUUGACGCUUGUCAAUGAACAACCUUCUGGUGGCCAAGAUCCUUGUCACGCUACUGUGGAUGCUACUGGAAGCUAUCUGUUGGUGGCCAACUACUCUGGUGGCUCUGCAAGCGUCAUUCCUAUCAAGAGUCCCGGCGCACCUGAAUCUACCUUGGGCGACAUCAUCUCUAAUCCUGUUCACGGUGAGAAGUAUCAAGCUACAUUGGGUGUUCCCGAUCGUCAAGAGAAGCCUCACGUCCAUUCCAUUGAUUUGGACCCCAUUGCUCAACAUUACGCCUUCUGUAAUGAUCUCGGCUGUGAUGUUCUUGUUACUUACAAGUUUGACCGUAACAACACGGGUGCACUCUCCAACCACUCCACCUUUGAGUUCCCCAAGGGAGCGGGUCCUCGCCAUCUCAAGUUUGCUCCUAAUCACAAUAACUUUUGUUAUGUCGUGUCUGAACUCUCCAACGAUGUGUAUAUGCUUGAAUUCAAUUUCCAUCAAGGUAAAUUCUACAAGGUGCAGCAAAUCCAUGCUUUACCAGAGGAUUGGCGAGGCGAGAAUUUAGGGUCUGAAAUCGAUAUUUCACCCAAUGGUAAAUUCUUGUACGUGUCUAUGCGAGGUUACGAUGCCAUUACUAUCUUUGAAGUGGAUGAAAGAACGGGUAAGCUUCGCUUGGUAGGUUAUCAGCAUACCGGCGGCAAGCAUCCUCGCCAUUUCACUUUUGAUCCCACUGGAUCGUUCAUUUUGGUUGGAAAUAAGGACUCGGAUAAUAUCGUUGUAUUUAAAGUCGACCCCAAGACUGGCUCAUUGUCCCAAGUAUCCAGCGUCGAUCAUGUCCAACCCACCUGCAUUAAAUUCUGGGCUUAA